UUUGAGUAUCACUGAUAUUUGUUGACAUUGCAUAAUGACAGCAAAAAGUAAGGUUAUGUAACACAUUUUAAUCGUUGAAAAACUGCAAAAAGGGGCCCCAACCCCGUAAAAUCAUGUCGACUCGUAUCAAACGCAAGCACAGACUGUCUUUCUGGGACAAAGUGGACAUGGAUGUGCUCGAAGCCACGUCGGAAACGUUCCGAAUCGAGGUGGACAAAGCCUUCCAGGGCUUCCUGGCCGAUGGGGGCGCCAAGGAGUACUCCUUCCCCUCGAAUUUGAACAACUUCGAACGCAAACACAUCCACCAGAAGGCCGCGAUGUACAAUUUGGUGUCUCGGAGCCACGGCAAGGACCCCCAUCGCGUCCUCACCAUCUACAAAAGGGGCACCAAGUCCAACUUCGAGUCUUUUUACGUGGAGCUCACCCCCGAGAGCACCCGCGAACUGGACAACACAAUCCAGAGCUACGUGAGCGACUUCUCGGCCCGCAGCCCCCAACGUCUGACCAGUCGCGACAAAGUCUUCGGGAAGCUGUCUCUGGGGCCCCCGCCCGACGUCACCCAGGCGCGCCCCACGCCCCAAAUCGCCCGCUUCCGUCUCCAACUCCCCAUCUACGAGAUGAAAGACACCAUCGUGGAGAAAAUCCGCCAAAAUCAGGUCUUGAUCGUGUCUUCGGAGACAGGCUCGGGGAAGACCACCCAAAUCCCCCAAUACAUCAUGGACGACGCCCUCCAAAGGGGGGCCAAAUGCCGGAUUUUGUGCACCCAACCGCGUCGCAUCUCCGCCGUUUCGGUCGCUGAGAGGGUCUCGCAGGAGCGGGGGGCCCCCUUGGGGGAGUCGGUGGGGUACCACAUCCGACUCGAGUCGAAACUCGGCACUAAUUGCAAUUUGAUCUACUGCACGAAUGGGGUCCUGGUGCGGAGUCUCAUGUCGGGCAUGGGGGUCCUCUCCUGUCUCACACACAUCAUCAUCGACGAGGUGCACGAACGUGACAAACUCUCCGAUUUUCUCCUCAUUUGCUUGAGGGAGAGUCUCAGAAAGGGGGCCCCCAUUAAGUUGGUGCUCAUGUCGGCGACGAUCAAUGUUGAGAAAUUUCAGAGGUAUUUUGAGGGGGCUGCCGUGUUGGGGGUACCGGGACGGUUGUUUGCCAUUAGGGAGUUUUUCCUCGAUGAUGUGUUGGAAUUGACGGGGUAUGAUGCUGUUGUUAUGGAAAGGAGGAAUGUCUUUGAGGGGGCUGUCGAAAAUCGGUUGUUUGAUGAUGUUAUUAGUCAUAUUGUGCAUGGGGGGGCUGAGACUGAGCAAAAUUGGGCACAAUUAUUGCAAUUUGUUUUGACUGAUAUGCCGGUGAAUUACCGACAUUCGGAGACAGGGUUGACGGCGUUAAUGGCGGCUGUGUAUCAGGAUAAUGUCGAUAUGGUGGAGAAAUUGUGCAGUUUGGGCGCCGACCCGCACAUCCAGUCGAAAAGCGGCCUCAGCGCCAUCUCCCUCGCCGAAGACAAACACCUGGAGGAGAUCCUCCUCAUCCUCAACAUGUCCUCCCGUCCUCUCUUGCCACGUGAGGACCUCCUCACCAACUAUUACAAAACUUGCGCUGAUGAUGACAUCAACUAUGACCUCCUCAUCCGUCUGAUUUACACCAUCCAUCUUCAGUACCAUACCGGCGCCAUUUUGGUGUUUUUGCCCGGCUAUGAUGAUAUUAUGAUCUGUAAUGAUCGUUUAUUGGAAACUAAUAUUGAUAAGAAUUCGUAUCGUGUGUUUUUUUUACACGGUUCGAUGAAUAUCAAAGAACAACAUGAAGUGUUUAAACCGUUUCCUGAUAAUGUAAGGAAGAUAAUAUUGUCGACGAAUAUUGCCGAAACGAGUUUGACAAUUGACGAUGUUGUCUAUGUCGUCGAUUGUGGGAAGGCCAAAGUGCAAACGUACGACUCGUGUAGCGGCUUAUCAUCCCUCCAAACCCAAUGGAUUUCCAAAGCCUGCGUGAAACAACGUGCUGGUCGCGCCGGUCGUACCCAAUCCGGCGUUUGUUUUCACCUUUUUUCACGCACUCGAUACGAUUCGUUCCUCGAGGAACGCAUCCCAGAAAUCCUUCGAGUCCCUCUCGAGGAACUUUGUCUCAAUACAAAAUCCCUCGCUGGUAACAUAUCCAUAUAUAACUUCCUCGUAAUGGCGCCCGAUCCGCCAUCUUCCAACACCGUUAAAACCGCCAUUGAAAAUUUAGAAUGUCUCGGAGCACUAGAUAAGGAAGAACGACUCACCCCCCUUGGGGAGUACCUCAGUCAACUCACCAUUGAGCCCCAUUUAGGAAAGAUGCUCAUUUAUUCAGCGAUUUUCAAAUGUUUGGACCCGAUUCUGACAAUUGUGGCCUCACUGGCGCAAAAGGACCCGUUUCAGCUCCCACCGCAGGCCAAUCUUCGGAGUUGCGCCGCUGAAAGGCGCAAAAGUCUCAUGGCGAACACUUUCAGCGACCAUAUGGUCUACCUCAAGGCUUUUAUUAAGUGGCAGGAUUCGGUGAAGUACCGAAAAGAGCGACUUUUUUGCCGCGAUUUUUUUAUAAGUCCAUCGACGAUGGAGACCAUUCUCAAGACACGGUCGCAACUUUUGGGCCAAUUGCGUGCUGCGAAAUUUGUACCACCCAAUGGUACAUCUAUGAUGGCGUUGAAUACGAAUUCGGAGAAUUGGCCAUUGGUUAAGGCGGUUAUUUCGUCGGGACUUUACCCGAAAUUGGCGUUUAAGAAAAAUGGUCAUUUUUGUACUAGGACGGAAAAGAAGGUUUUGAUACAUAAUUCGAGUCCGUUGAGUAAGGAAUCGAUGAGUUUGUGGUUGGUUUAUGAUGAGAUGGUUAAGGUCAGGAAUGGGCAUCAGGUUAGAGGGGUCACACCGGUGACCCCGGUUACGAUUUCGCUAAUGUGCGGCAUCAAAAUCACCUACCCCAUGGAAAACUAUCUCGAAAUCGACGAAUGGCUCGAAUUCGAAUUCCCCACCCCCCACAUCAUCUAUCUCCGUCGUUUCAUCGAAACAAUAAUCGAAAAAAAAUUACAAAGUCCCACCAACACACUUAACGAGAACGAAGAGGCGGCUUUGGCCGCCCUUGCAAAAGUCCUCAUACACGAAGACAGGGCUGCCAACCUCGAAAUUCCAGUGGGAAUUCGCCAAAAACCCAAGUUUUUCGAACUAAACCGAGCUCUAGAUUUGGAACAGCGACCACAGCGGUUCAGACGCGAAAUGGGGGCGUUUGGGGGGCCCUCGACUUCAGCAGCGGCCGCUUUGCCCCCCGCCUACCCCAAUUACGAGAACUCGAUUUUUUUACUAAUUAGGGUGAAGCAGGAAAGUAGCGUCAAAAUCGCUUUUGACUCGAAUAAAUGGAUUUUUUCGCCGCAAACUGAGAAACAAGUCAUCGCCCUAGACAAUAAUCUAUAA